UUAAUUCAAUUUAAUAAAAAAAUAAAGCCCGUGUUGCUCGCAGCGCGGCGCAGACAAUCCCUCGCUUCCCCCGGAAUGGCGAAGCCGGCGCCGGCGGAGGUGGACGCGGCGGCGCUGCGGAGGUGGCUCCGGCGGUCGCUGGUUGCUGUGGCCGCGGGCGGGGCCGGCGCGGGCUCGUUCGAUGAGGCGGCCGCGGCUCUCGCGGCGCUGAGGGAGGCGGAGCUCGGGCUCGGCGGGAGGAAGGACGUUGGCGGCCCCGGCGGGGAAGAGCGGGCGGCGGAGGAAGUGCCGGUGCCGGAGUAUUUCCUGUGCCCGAUCUCGUCCAGGAUCAUGAGGGACCCCGUGGUCGUCGCGUCUGGGCAGACCUAUGAUCGUCAAUUCAUUGAGGAGUGGUUCAGUGCAGGAAACCAUAUGUGCCCGCAGACUCGGCAAGUGCUUUUAAACACCAAUCUCAUUCCCAACAAUCUUGUCCAAAGCAUGAUAUCACAGUGGUGCAUAGAGAACAGGUUCACUCUGCCACCAAUUGAGAAUCAAGAGGAAAACCAAGUUAUCAACAGUGAGCAAAAAACAUUUGAUGAAAUAUUCAAGAAAAUCUCUUGCUCACCAAAAAUUGUUGAAAGGAAGCAAACAAUCAAGGAUCUUCGGCUGCUUACUAAGCGUGACAGCAACUUCAGAGCUGUUUUAGGAGAGAGGCCCAAUUCCAUCUCAAAAAUGAUCUUAGCCCGAUCCACCCAAGGAUUACAAAAUGAUCCAGAGGUACUGGAGGACAUGGUGACUAUAAUUCUCAAUUUUUCAAUUCAUGACAGCAAUAAGAAGAUUAUUGGAGAUGACUCAGAAGCAAUCCCAUUUCUGAUAUGGGCACUAAAAUCGGGAGACAUGGGGAGCCGCAGCAACUCUGCAGCUGCUAUCUUCACUCUGUCAGCGCUCGACUCCAACAAGGAGAAAAUUGGUGAGUUAGGGGCGAUGGGACCUUUGGUUGAUCUUCUUGACCAAGGCAAUAUCAUUGCAAAGAAAGAUGCAGCAUCAGCAAUUUUCAGUCUGUGUAUGCUCCAUGAGAACAAAUCAAGAGCUACAAGAAAUGGGAUCAUUGAUGUGGCAAUGAGAGCCAUCGAUGAACAGUUACUUGUCGAUGAGUCUUUGGCUAUACUUGCUUUGCUAUCAAGCAACCAUGAGAUGGUGGAGAUCAUCACCGAGUUUGACGGUACUGCUUGCAUGCUCCGUGCAAUAAAGGAUAGCGAGUGCAGCCGCAACAAAGAGAACGCAGUGGUAGUUCUUUUCUCAAUCUGCACGUACAACCGGACAAAGCUGAAGGAGGUCGAUGCAGAUGAGUGCAUCAAUGGUUCACUGGCUUUGCUCGUGCGGAAUGGGACUUCAAGAGCGAGGAGGAAGGCUGCCGCGAUCCUUGAGAAGAUGAAAAGGACCAUGCACAACAGGCAUAGCUCUUGUUAGUUGCGGGCAACAAAGAUGCAGUUAAAGGAGAGGGUGUUCAUUUGGUGUAUAGGGGAGUAUAUCAUAAUACAUAUAUAGCUAUUUUCCCGUUUCAGUGUAUAGGCAUUGUGAAGAUGCAGGGCUAGUUGUAAAGGUUUUUUUUCUUGUUGGAACUGUCGGUUCUUGGUCAUUUCAAACAUGCAAACCGUAGCCUUUGGAGCAUAAAGAAUUUUGCUUAAUUAGUUC